AUGCGCAGGACCCCAUCUCUGCUGUAUCAUGCAAAACCGCGAAUAAAGCAACAGUCUCCGCUCAUCAACAUCUCGAAUGCGACUUUUUAUCGCCAACACCCGGCAUCAGUGGCCCCUGCCGGCCACGAUGCGCCCCCGAACCCGCCCCUGUUCCCGGGCCUGACCCUCUCGCUCCCCUCGCACGCCUCACCAAACCAGCACUGGUCCAUUCUAAGCCCCUCGUCCUCCGCGCGAACCACCUUUCUGCAAGUCCUGCGCGGCCAACACCUCUGCUUCCCCCCAACCGCGCGCUCGUACCCCUACCUCUCCACCUCCGAAAUCGCCGCCAAAGACUCCCGACUCCGCUCUCCCGCAACCGCAAUCCAGUAUGUGGGUUUCGACGCCGAGAGAGGCGGCCUGGGCGGCUCGAGCACCCAGGGCGCGUACCUGAGCGCGCGGUACGAGAGCCGGAGGGAAGAGACGGAUUUCUCGGUCAUCGAUUACCUGAGGGGAAAUACGGAGCUUAAUGCUGCAGAGGAGCUGGUGCAGCAUCCGCCUGAGGACCUGCUGGAGCGGGUAGUGGGGGACCUCAGGCUGGAUGCCCUGGUGGAUAUGUCUGUGAGCAAUCUGAGCAAUGGGCUGACGCGGCGGGCGAGGAUUGCGAAGGCGUUGUUGGCGAGACCAGAGUUGUUGCUGCUGGAUGGGCCGUUCAUGGGGUUGGAUCCGCCGACGCUGUCGCUACUGUCGGAGCUCCUGCAUCGCCUGGCUGAGGCUAACGCACCACGGUUGGUGCUGUCACUGAGGCCGCAAGACAUGAUACCGGACUGGAUUACGCACGUGUUGUAUGUGGAUGAGAACUACGAAGUUGGGUCUUCGGGGACGAGGGAAGAUGUCUUCCGCUACAUACGCAGGGAAUGGGAAAAAGCCAGCGCGAGCACAGAGAUGAGCAAAAAAAUAUCUUCCAUAUCAAGUAUUAUGGACGUGGGUCGCCAUCUGCACGCUGCUGGCUUGCUCGACGACAAACCGCUAUCUUAUGUCGAAGACAAAGACGGGAACUCGGAUGUUUCCAGGCUUACUCUAGAGGAUGAGAAGGUCUACGAAGAGGCAAAAUUCAAGCACAAGACUGGUGUACUGGAUAUAGAAGCACGACCUCUCACGCAUCCAGUGUCAAACAGACUGUCGGUCUCACGAGAUGGUUUCGGCGUGGUUGACGAAGCGUCGGUCCCGUUGAGUGAUCCAUUGGUUGAGAUGGAAGGCGUGAACAUCAAAUACGGACAGCGGUCUGUCCUCGGUGACUGGCGGCAAGAAGUAGAUGGCACGUCCCAGGAAGGCCUCUGGUGGAAAGUUCUCCAGGGACAGCGAUGGGGAGUCUUUGGUCCGAACGGAUCCGGCAAGACAACCUUGUUAUCACUCAUCACCUCAGACCAUCCGCAAACCUACUCCGCCCCAGUCCGGCUCUUCCAGCGCUCACGACUACCUUCACCCGGCCAGCCCGGCAUAUCCCUCUUCGACAUCCAAUCCCGCAUCGGCCACUCCUCGCCCGAAGUCCACGCCUUCUUCCCCAAGCGCCUCAGCGUGCGCCGCACCCUCGAGUCCGCCUGGGCCGACGCACCCCUCAGCAAGCCGAUCCUGACCUACGAAGCCGACACCAAAGUCGACGCAUGCCUGCAAUGGUUCCGCGCGGAGCUGAACCCGGCGCUCGGCCUCAGCGAAGCGCAGCGCAAGGAGCAGUAUGAGAACUACAGCUGGGCGACCCACGAGGGCAGGAAGGAGAAUAAACGCCACAAAGAGCGCGCCGAGGCCCUGCUGCCGGAGGACGAGCAGCUCGACUGGGCGGACGAGAUGGUGUUUGGCGAGCUCACGUUCUCGGCGCAGCGGGUCGCGUUGUUCCUGCGCGCGGUGGUCAAAAAUCCGGAACUGGUGAUCCUGGAUGAGGCGUUUAGCGGUAUGGAUGAUGCGGCGAGGGAUCGGUGCAUCACCUUUCUCACGCAUGGCCAGACGAGGGUUAUGCGCUAUGUCUCGCGGAAUGGCCGCCCGCUUAGUGCGGGCCCGAGGCUAAUGGAGAGCGAUGCGAGCUUCGCGGGACAGGUGAAGGUGCCCGGGUUGCUGCCGAGCCAGGCGCUGCUGGUUGUGAGCCAUAACAAGGACGAGGUUCCGGGCUGCGUGAGGGAGUGGAUGUGUUUGCCGGAGCCGGGCAUGGGCGCGCCGAGGUUUGGAAGAUUGGAUGGGCCGCUCGAGUUGGAUCCAAAGGGGGAGAGAUGGGCGGAGAUUUGGGGGACUGGCCCGGGACCGAACAAGAAACGGGGUGAGGACUCGCAAUCCCCUACGAUUUCGCAGGUUUCUGCACCCGAGAAAGAAACGGAUGCGAAGCCGGGACUUCUUGCGACCGAACAGCGAGACAAAAGGUCAAUCGAACCGGAUCCGGCGGCUGAAUCUCAGGCUCUGAAGAAGCGCGCCAAACGCCAGUCGAGACCAAGGUCAUCAAGGGCGAAGUAG